UCAAUAUUUACUUUCAUUUGGGAUCAGAGGGGAAACUAUCUAUAUCUAAGGGGACCUCAUUAGGGUGUUGAGUAAAAGUUAGGUACAUGUCCACUCAUUACUGAAAAGGUAGCGACUAAUUCGUUACAAAAACUUUACUCGACUAAUCUUAGUCAUUCUAACAUGCAUAUCUUUCCACCAAGUCUCCCUUCGCUUCAGAAAUAAUUAAUCGAUAUAUACAAGGAAUGAUAUACGUUUGAAGCUUUCUUAUUCAUUUAAAAGAGAGACGGCCGGAAAAGAGGAAUUAGACAUCAGCAGCCUGUUUAAGCAUGACUUGGUUCAGAGCUUUUCGCGGUGAUUUCGGAUUUUCUUUCUAUGGAGAGAAGAGAACUCCUGUAACAAUUGACAUUCAGCUAGUUAGUGCAAUCUACGCAUGCGUCUUGGUCUCUGUGGCAGCAAUCAUAGUUGCUAUUGGCAUACGAGGAAAAGAAAGAUGGAUAAACUUGGUUCGAACUGUUUUCAGCCUGGGAAUUGGAUCGACCAUUGUCUUGACAUCUUUGGGCUACUGUUGGCAGUAUGGUGAAGUCCAAGUUAAAUCUGCUUACGUGUACAGAUCUGAAGAGGAAAUCUCAGGAACCCUGGGCAUAUUUGUUGGUCUUCGUAGAAUCAACAUCACAUUGACAGGAACGUUUAACCAAACUAAGGGAGAAAUUGAGUACAAUGAAGCCAUAGACCUUGAUAAUGUUCGUGGUCCGAUUCAAGAGCUGCGACACUGCUUGGGUAGAGGUCUUCCUAUUCCAGUCCUACAUCUUGUUGAAUAUCUCAGUACUGAUGCUGGGGGCAUGCGUUGGGGUAGAGGCUACACCGGGGCUGGAAACCUUUCCUUCAUUUUAUUAUGGACCUCUUUUGCAUUCUGGAUCCUUGCAAACAUCAUGAUGGUCACAGUGGUUUUUUACGGUGCCUUUUUACUGACAUUAACCGGAGUCACCAUGAUUUUUGCAUGUGUCACUUUCCACGUACUUCAGCCCCGCCUUCCUUUCCGAAUUCUGGGAAGUGAUGUAGAUUUUGUUACCUACUAUGGCCCUUGUUUCUGGGCUGUUCUUAUCUUUGGCAUUCUUACAACAAUCACUGGGUUUGUCAUCGUGUGUCUCGACUACAAAAUUCCAAAACUAGCUGCAAAAUACAUAUUGAUUGAAAAACCUUUCGUUAAAGAAGACGUUUACACUAGUGAACACAGGAAAUCUUUUGCAACCCUGCCACAACUUAAGUAUGACUUGCGAAAAACUGCCUCAGAUCCUUAUGGUCUGGUUAAUCAAGGUUUCGAACACAACGAAAUUCUACAAACAAAAGAAAACAUCCUAAACGAUCGUAAUGACUUGAAAAGGUGUAGCACCAACCCGGGACCAAUAUCAAUUUCGCCAGAUACCUCUCCAAUUCGCAGAGGGUCACUUCCGGUUCGCAGUUCAAUGUCGCCCUUGACCUCAAUACACGAGCAUGCGGUUUUUGAUUCGAACACUUCCAGUCCCAAACUCCAUAGAUCUCCUCCUCAGUAUAGUAAACACGGUGAAACCAACAUUCAAAUGAUGCCAUGUCCACCUAUUGAUGAAAACGAUCGCAUCGACAGGUUAAAGGAAAUAUACAUCAAUGUUGAUCAACAGCAAAACACUUCGCUAAAUACAUAUAAUGCUUUAUAGUGAAUGAGGAAAAAAAAAUAGUGUUUGAAUGAAUGAAUUUAUUGUAAUUUAGAAAGUGCUUUAUCAUUUGAUCGUACUAGUGUGUGCUAUUGACAAUAAGAUUGUAUGAAGGUUGGUUGUACACAAAUUUCUUUUUGCUUUUUUUCACACGUUUUAUUAAAACGUACUGUCUCAAAAUGUGAUAUUAAUAUGAUAUAAUAUAUUCUUAUUUAAUAUAGUGAUUUAAGUCACCGAAAUGUGAUCCAAUUGUGCCAAAAUAAAAUGUCGUUACGAUGUAAUAUUCAAUUACAUGUAGGUUGCUUCUGUGUUCACGCUUUGUAGCGCAUAUCUUAGAAUAUUCUUCUUUUAGUUAUUCUAAGAUGUUAAUAGUCUUAGCAUAGAUUAAUCAAACACCAAAUACAUUAUUGUUUUUACUUGUUGAAGCUCCACGACCUUUUGCAUCUAAGUGUGCGAAUUAAAUGUUAUAUUACAUAGACCCCAUUCAUCUUAUUACAAAUAUAAACACCAAUUGUCUUUCAUUGUAGACCCGAAGUUUCUAUUAAUACAUGAUUUCAGGUUGUAUUUAUAAAUCAAUUUUAAACACUUCAUCUUUUUUGAUAGAUGUUCGGUUUAAAGAAAUAACUAGUGAUUUUUUUUAUUGAAAUGUUUCAAAACCUAUCAAUUAUCUUGACAACAUUUGAUGAAAUUGUUGAAAUAAUGUAUUUAUUUAUACUUUCAUGUCGGGCCUUUUCCUAAAAAAUAAUGUUAUUAAUGUAAACUAUUCGGUGAAAUCUCGUGAAGUCUGAAAACCGUCAAACCGUUAACGUAAGUGUAACGUGUUAUUUGUUUACAAAUAAAUAAAAUUUGAUAACAUUUGUUUUCGUUCAAUCAUAAAAAGAUUGAAAGGCAUAAGAAAGUAAAUAUAUAUAUUAAAAUGACAGAUUUAUCUUCAAUGUUGGUGCCAUUUUAUUAGCGUUUUCUAUUCUUAACAGUAAUGAUCUAUUUGUACAAUGUUCCUUGUGUUUGUUCUUUUAAGGCAAAUACUAUUACUAUAUUGUCUCUCUUCAAUUUUCCAAUCAUGUUUUGAAAAAAAUGUAUAGUUUUAUCCAAUAAAACUCUAGUAA